AUGGGAGUUGGAGGGACAUUAGAGUACUUGUCUGAAAAGCUAAGCAGCAGCAAGAUGAAGAAGAAGAAGCAGUUGAACACAGUGGCUGUCAAGAUUAGGAUGGAUUGUGAAGGCUGUGCCCUCAAAGUCAAGAAAACACUUUCUGGGGUCAAAGGCGCGAAAUCAGUGGACGUGGACUUGAAACAGCAAAAGGCCACGGUGUACGGCUACGUGGACGCAAAGAAAGUGCUGUCGGCCGCCAAGUCGACGGGCAAAAAAGUCGAGCCGUGGCCUUAUGUCCCCUACACGAUGGUCGCUCACCCUUACGUGGCAGGCGUUUACGACAAGAAGGCCCCGCCCAAUUUAGUGCGGGCCACAAACGACCCGGAGAUCGACCCGGUCGAGGAGCAAUAUACCCUCAUGUUCAAUGAUGAGAAUCCAAAUGCAUGCUCUAUCAUGUAG